CUAGGUGUUCGAGCAUUCAUUAAUUUUCCACGUCAACAGUAGUCGUAUUUUUUGUGUUGCAACGUGGUUGCGUUGAACGGGAUGGGGUUGAAAAUACUGUGUGCAGUGUUGACCCUGCUAUACUGUAGCUAUGCAGUGCAAAGUGCAGCUAUUUUGGCUUUGUUUUCAUCUCUUUCUUACACGGAUCAUCUCGUCUUCAGAGGGUACAUCUCUCUCCUCACACAGAAAGGACAUACUGUUGUAUUAAUGACGCCUUAUCCAGGUCAGUUCCAAUAUCCUGAUGUAGAGAAAAUUAUAGAACUUGAUGUAGGCCAAGACUCAGCACCUUUCUGGGAUGAAUACAGAAGACUGACGACCAAUGUUGACGAUUACUUCCCCAGAUUAAGGGCACUGAACGAAUUUUCACUGAAAUUGGCAAUAGUUCAACUGAAAUCGCAGCAGAUGCAAGCGUUGCUUAUUAAUCCUAACAUAAAAUUCGAUCUUGUUAUUACUGAAGCCGACGUACCUCUGUUUUAUGCGGUGGCUGAGAAAUAUAAAGUUCCUCAUAUUUCUAUAACGACGUCAAAUGGAAAAAUACAUCAGUAUGAAGCAAAAGGAAAUCCCAUUCAUCCAAUUUUGUAUCCAGAUGUAAACACCUUGAACUAUAAAAAUUUGACUCGCUGGCAGAAGGUGCUAGAGUUCUACCGUCAUCUGCAGACCAAGAACGAAUACUACAAUCAUUAUCUCCCAUUGAGUGAAAUAGCAGCUAAGAAGCUUCUAGGUUUGCAGAGAGACCUUCAAGAAGUGGAGUAUGACAUCGAUUUAUUGCUUAUUGCCGCCAACCCCAUCCUUGUUGGAAAUAGACCGACAGUGCCCGCAAUUAUUUAUGCUGACCGUUUGCAUCUCAGACCAAACGCUGUUUUGCCACAGAACUGGAAGACGGUGCUAGAUUCUGCUACGAAAGGAGUUAUUUACUUCAGUUUAGGGGUGACUCAAGACGCCGAACUCCUCUCACCAACGAUUCUUCAAACCAUGUCUGAGGCAUUCAAAGAACUUCCUUUCACAGUGUUGUGGAAGAUUGGCAAUACCACCAUGAUCAACAAACCAGACAAUGUCAUUGCUGAAGGAUGGUUCCCUCAGCAAGAGCUGUUAUCUCACCCUAACGUCAAGGCUUUUAUAACUCACGGAGGCGCACGGUCUUUGGAAGAAGCUAUUUACUACCAAGUUCCAAUAGUCGGCCUUCCGAUUGUCCGGUCUAGAAAACCCUUUAUUCGCGAGGUCACUAAAUUCGGCACAGGAGAAAUCUUGGAUCCUUAUCAGUUGGACAAAGAAACGUUGAAAGCAACGAUUUCUGCUGUGGCUACCGAUGAUAAGUACAAGCAAGCAAUGAUUAAACUCAAGGAUAUGAUCUACGAUCCUGUGAUAUCUGGACCGGAGAACGCCCUCUGGUGGACGGAGUAUGUUCUUCGUCACAAUGGCGCCCGUCACCUUCGGUCUCCUGCAGUUGGAGUCUCAUUCUUCAAAUACUACAUGUUGGAUCUAUUGAGCUAUUUUUUAAUAGCGUCUCUGUUUGUUCUGUAUCUAUCAUAUCUUAUUCUGCGGUAUGUCUACCGACGUCUUCGACAGCGCUUCAGGGGCGUCCCCGAUUUGGGUGGUAAAGGCGGUAAAUUCAAAGCGCUGUAGAAUUGUUUGCUACUGUUUUUAAGUAAUAAAUUAUAUUUUUCAUUAA